AUGCACGGGAAACUCUUUCAUGAAGCGGUGAUAAGUGCACCUGCAAACAAGGUUUGGGAUAUCUACAGCACCCCCAAACUCGGACACCUCAUCAAUCAAUCACUAACCAGCUUCCUAAAUGUAGAACUUCUCAAUGGUGAUGGCGGGGAGGGCAGUGCGGUUAUGAUAAAAUUUCAAUCAGGUGCUGCUCCGCUUGUAGAGAGAGUCACAAAAAUUGACAACGAAAAUCGCAUUAAGGUGGCAGAGUUGAUAGAAGGAUGUUUUUUAGAGAUUGGGUUUCAAUUGUAUCGCCUUUCCUAUGAAAUAAUUGAGAAAGAAGCAAAUAUAUCUAUUGUCAAGACAACCAUUGAGUAUGAGAUUGAAGAACAGUUUAUCUCCAAUGUUGUAUUCCUCACUACCAAGCCAUUUGAGGCCUUUGCCACUGUUGUAGAUUUGUAUCUUACGGAGAAGUCACAUGUAAUAUUUCCUGAAAAUUAA